AUGCCCGCCAUAGCCCCAUCCUCUCCCAUAACUGCCCUCGUCACAGGCGCAAACGGUUACAUCGCGGCCCACACAAUCCGCACUCUCCUCUCGCGCAGCCCUCAGUGGCAGGUCGUCGGAACUGUCCGCUCUGCCUCCAAGGGAAUAUAUCUCACGGAGACGCUAUUCAAGGAGGCAACGCAAGAAGGGCGGUUUAGAGUUGUGGUUGUGGAGGACAUUGGAUUGGAUGGGGCGUUUGAUGAGAUUUUCAAGGAUGGUGAUAUUGAGGUUGUGUUUCAUAUGGCGAGCCCGGUGACGUAUCAGUUUGAAGAGACGGACGACAUCAUAGUUCCAGCUUUGAAGGGGACGACGUCCAUUCUUGCUUCAGCUCUUAGAUAUGGGACCUCGCUCAAACGCAUAGUUCUCACCGCCUCCACCGCAACUAUAAUAACGCCCGACGCGCCCCCUCCCGCCACAUUCGAUGAAACAUGUUGGAACGAGGCGUCAGUGAAGGAGGUCGAAGAGAAAGGGAAGAAUGCGAACCCCAGGGAGGUUUAUAGGGCGAGCAAGGUGCUAGCGGAGAAGGCGGCCUGGAAAUUCGUCGAAGACCAUAAACAUGAGAUUGGCUGGGAUUUGGUGGUCAUGUGCCCUCCACUAGUUCUCGGUCCUCCCAUCCACGACACAACAGGCCCAAGUGGUCCUCUCUCCGCCAUAAAUAUGACCAUGCAAACAUUCUACAACAAUGUCGUCCUUGGCCCAACAUCGCCAUCCACGUUGAACACUGCGUCAAACUGCUGGGUAGACGUGCGUGAUAUCGCAGAGGCGGAGGUACGUGCUGCGGAGAGGGAGGCGUGCGGUGGAGAGAGGAUCGUGCUUAGCGGUGGGGAGUAUUGGUGGCAGGAUAUAGUCGACGUAGCGCAUACUAUCACUCCUCCCCCAAUUCCCAACCUACCACUCGGCCUUCCCGGCUCUACGAAAGACAAACCAUUUGAAGUCAUCUACAAUACAUCCAAGGCCUACCGGCUUCUCGGGAUGGGACGUGCCGAUAGCAGUAGCACCAGCGACAAUGGAAGGCGGGGGAAGGUGAAUGGGAUGAAAACGCUGGGCGAGAUGGUUAGUGAUAGUAUAGAGUGGUUUGCGACAGUGGGCGGUGUUAAGGAGGGCGGAAGAGGACUGUUGGAGGCGAAGUGACGUGCGCAGGAUUUUUAGGUAUC